CGGCCAAUCCCCAACUCGUACUGGGCGACGCCCUAUCUCGUCGCCUGCGAGUUCCCCUAUUGCCCCAUCGCCCCCGCCCAGCUCGCCCGCAGACACACCAAGCAGAAGCUAGACGCUCUGCUCCUGGCUGGGGUGCGCACAUUCAUCGACCUCACCGAGCCGCACGAGCUCUUCCCGUACUCGCCGCACCUCGCGCAGCGCUGCUACGACCUCGGCAUCGACCCGCACGAGGUCGAGUACCACAACUUCCCGAUCCCGGACCGCUGCCUGCCCGAGUCCGUCGACUUCGUGCGGCGCAUCAUGCACGUCCUGGGCGACAACGAGCAGCGCGGGCGCACCUGCGCGGUGCACUGCCGCGGGGGCAUCGGCCGCACGGGCCUCAUCGUCGGGUGCUGGCUCGUCGAGUGCGGGAUCGCGCGCGACGGCGACGACGCGCUCCGCAUGAUCGCGGAGGAGUGGAAGACGGUCGAGAAGUGCAAGCGGUACCCGCUCAGCCCCGAGACCGGGCCCCAGCACGACUACGUGCGCACGUUC